CAAAUUCUCAAAGUAUAUAACACAACAUAUCCAAAGUAAAAAUCUGAAUUGUUUUCACAAAUAUACAUGAAUCAUCUGGUUAAUAUAUAACUAUAAGAAGAAACUAAUAUAUAUGGCAAGUGUUAUUAACUUUAACCCGCACUCCCUCUUCUUACCGUUAUUCCUUGUCCUAGCCGCGACAGCAACCUCAACCACAAGGCCAUACACAUUCCUCCCAAGGCCACGGGUCGGGUAUUACGGUAGUGCAUGCUGGAAUGUAGAAUCAAUAGUGCGGUCCGUGGUCCAGUCUAACUAUUUCACAAAUCCAGCCAAUGCUCCGGGCAUUUUGCGUAUGCAUUUUCACGAUUGUUUCGUCCGUGGCUGCGACGCUUCCAUUCUCCUCGACGGACCUAACUCUGAGAAAACGGCUACUCCAAAUCAAUCUUUGAGAGGGUUUAACGUUAUUGAAGAGGCUAAGACUCAGCUUGAGAUCGCUUGCCCUCGAACAGUCUCUUGUGCUGAUAUCCUCGCACUAGCUGCUCGUGACUUCGUCGUUCUGACAGGUGGACCAUGGUGGCCAGUUCCAUUGGGACGACUCGAUGGUAGGGUUUCAUUAGCCUCAAAUGUCGAUUUGCCGGAACCUACAGACUCAGUUGCGGUGCAGAAGCAGAGGUUCGCUGCGAAAUAUCUUAACACCCAAGAUCUAGUUGUCCUUGCUGCCGGACACACGAUAGGAACGGUGGGAUGUGGUGUUUUUAGGGAUAGGUUCUUCAACUACAAAAACACAGGAAGGCCUGACCCAACCAUCAACCCAAAUUUCGUCCCUCAGAUCCAAUCUCAAUGUCCUCUCAACGGCAACGCCGCUACUCGUGUCGCACUGGACCUGGGAAGUGAAGGCCAGUUCGACACUUCGUACCUUAACAACUUGAGGUUUGGUCGAGGUGUCCUUGAGUCUGAUCAGGUCCUAUGGAAUGAUCCCGGAACUCGUUCCAUCGUGGAGCGGUUGCUGGGACUACAGUAUCCGUUUUUGCUGUUUGGACCCGAGUUUGCUAGGUCAAUGUCGAAGCUGAGUCUGACUGAGGUCAAGACUGGUUUGGAUGGGGAGAUUCGCAGGGUUUGUUCGGCGAUCAACUGAUACAACAUAGAUGAAUCUAUUAUGUCAUAAAAGUAAUAAAUCGAUAAAUAUCCUAAAGUAAUAAAUAAAAUAUGGAGAUAUACAAUUCAUAGACUCUCCAGCUUUCCAAGGAUAACUAAGAGCAUCUUUAUCCCUGGUAUUUAGUGGGAUUCUUAUGUUAAUUUUGAUUUAAAACAAAAUCAAAAAUACAAAUAAACGGAUGAGACGUCUCUUAAUUCCGGUAAAUAAGAGACGUAUAUUGUUGGACACGUGUUGAUAACAGAAGAAAACGCUUUGAGAGGAAAGAAAUAGACUUCUCUAUCUCGCGUGCUGAGGCGCAUUCUCCUACCGUCGUCACCAACGGAAGCAGCUUCGAUCCUCAUCAGACACGCAGAGAAAGCCUCGACAGCUUUCUCGUAGGACGGAGGGGAUAAAGCUUGAAGAAGUGCGAUGGAGUGGUGGGAACGUUGGAUUCGCCGGACAAACGUGGUGGUUUUGGGACUCUGUUUUGUUUUGAUUUUAUGAUUCCAUAAAGUUUUCUUUUCUUUUGAAGGCAAUAACUUCGUGAUUUUGAAUCUCUGUUAAUUUUUUUUAUAAAUUAUUCUAACUCGUGAUUUGUAUUUUUGUAGAUUUGUGAUGAUCUUGUGUAUUGUAAACCUGAUCAAUUAUAUGGAUCGAGGAGUUAUUGCGAGUAAUGGUGUUAAUGGAAGCUCGACACCUUGUGAUUCCAAAGGCCUUUGCUCUGCUGGCACUGGCAUUCAAGGAGAGUUUAGGUUAAGCAACUUUCAAGAUGGUCUUUUGUCUUCUGCCUUUAUGGUUGGUCUUCUUGUUGCUUCUCCCAUCUUCGCUGCACUCUCCAAAAGACCAAGUGUGAAUCUUCUAUAUCUUUCCCAGAGUUUGUUUUUGUGUAUCAAGAAGCUGAACCAACGGAGUGAUGUUUCUAUGUUUUUGUAUAUUGGAUGCUUCUCUCUUGGUCCUGCUAUUAUAAUCUCAGGCAAAGGCAACUUGAUGUUAAAUUCUUUCCUCCUAGUGAAAUCAUGGAAUGUAACCGUUAAUAAUCUUACUUGGUUUUAAUGGUUGCAGAGGGUGCUCCUAAAAUAUGGAUCGCUUGUUUCAGUGAUCUCCAUGGUGGUUUUGUUCGUAUACUUGGUAGCAACACCACAAACUCCAUUGGGUCUCUUUUGCCUAGUCAUGAAGUGCUCUUUUUUUGUUAUGGUUUUCUGAUUAAAGUUGAGAUAAGAGGCUAAAGUGUGUUCUUGCGUUUUUUCUUCUUCAGUAUGAAACAAUGCCUGCUUGAAAUGGUAAAGUGUGUUCUUGGUAAAGUGUGUUCUUGUAUUGUUUGGUCUUGUUUUUUUGAGCAACAAAAAACAACAUUUUUUAAAAAAACCUUAAAUAAGAAACUAGCAUUGAAGGGUAUGAAUCAAGGUGUUUCUUAAACAAGAUUUUUAAUUACAUUUAAUUAGUAAAAUAUUUAUUAAGAGACCCAAUGGAGUUUGUGGGAUAAUGAUGCUCUAACAAAUAACGAUGUAGGUUUUCUAGCAUAUUAUAGUGUUUAAUUACGUCGAUGCAUAAAUAUGAGGAAAUAAGUGUUAUAGAAUAAAACUAAGAAAUAUGUAAUAAUUAUCCUUGAUUAUUCAUGUAUAUAUUAAAGUUGGAGCACGGAUUUUGAUUCGUUACUCUUUUCAAUUU